GAGGUUAGAGGCACCUCAGUGUGCCUCUUACAUGUUCAGUGGAUCCCCUGCCUGGACUCUGGUGGGACGGGGUUGCCUGAAGGGGACCUGUGCUGUGUUCAGAGUGUCCUACAGCAGCCUUCUACACCCUGUGAUCUGCUUUUCCUCUGCCCACAGAGCCAUGAGGAAAACUGCAGAGCACAAUGGGGCCAUGGCAGGGCCUGAAGGGCUAAAAGCUGAGGGAAUGGAAGAAAGAGGCCAGUGGAGUAACAAAGUGGAGUUUGUCCUGUCUGUGGCUGGGGAGAUCAUUGGUCUGGGAAAUGUGUGGCGGUUCCCGUACCUCUGCUACAAGAACGGAGGUGGAGCCUUCCUCAUCCCCUACCUCAUCUUCCUCUUCACUUGUGGGAUCCCAGUGUUCCUCCUGGAGACUGCACUGGGGCAGUACACCAGCCAGGGAGGGGUGACAGCCUGGAGGAAGAUCUGCCCCAUCUUUGAAGGAGUUGGAUAUGCGUCACAAGUCAUUGAGUCCUAUCUGAAUAUCUAUUACAUUGUCAUCCUAUGCUGGGCACUCUUCUACCUAUUCAGCUCCUUCACUGCUGUGCUGCCAUGGGCCAGUUGCAGUAACCCCUGGAACUCAGAUCUCUGUGUGGACUUUCUGAAUAGCUCCAGCUUGGACAACAGGACUGUGCCUGCGAAUGCCACCUCCCCAGUGGUUGAGUUUUGGGAGAAGCGAGUGCUGGGGCUCACGGAUGGUAUUCACAAACUGGGCACUGUGCGCUGGGAGCUGGCUCUAUGUCUCCUGCUCGCAUGGAUCAUCUGCUACUUCUGCAUCUGGAAAGGGGUCAAGUCCACAGGCAAGGUUGUUUACUUCACUGCCACCUUCCCUUACGUGAUGCUGGUGGUCCUGCUAGUGCGAGGAGUCACUCUGCCAGGUGCUGCUGAGGGCAUCCUCUUCUACCUGAAGCCAGACAUCACCAGGCUUGCAGACCCACAGGUCUGGAUGGAUGCAGGAACUCAGAUCUUCUUCUCUUAUGCCAUUUGCCAGGGAUGCCUGCCAGCUCUGGGCAGCUACAACAAAUACACCAACAACUGUUACAGAGACUGCAUCAUGCUGUGUUUCCUGAACAGUGCCACUAGCUUCGUUGCUGGCUUUGCCAUUUUCUCUGUGCUGGGUUUCAUGGCUCAAGAGCGGGGUGUAUCCAUUGCAGAAGUGGCUGAAUCAGGUCCUGGCCUGGCUUUCAUAGCCUAUCCAACGGCAGUAACAAUGAUGCCUGUGUCUCAGCUCUGGUCCUGCCUCUUCUUCCUCAUGUUGAUCUUCCUGGGACUGGACAGCCAGUUUGUCUGUGUGGAAAGCACGGUGACAGCUAUUAUUGACAUGUUUCCGGAAGUGUUUCGGAAGAAAGGGCGUCGAGAGCUGCUGAUCCUGGUCAUUGCAGUUAUAUGCUACCUUCUGGGCUUAUUGCUGGUCACUGAGGGGGGGAUGUACAUCUUCCAGCUCUUUGAUUAUUAUGCUGCUAGUGGUACCUGCCUGCUCUUUCUGGCCAUUUUUGAAGUCAUCUCUGUAGGAUGGGUGUAUGGUGCGGAUCGCUUCUAUGACAACAUCGAGGACAUGAUUGGUUUCCGGCCAUGGCCCUUGGUUAAGAUAUGCUGGUUGGUGUUCACCCCAGGCAUGUGCAUAGCGAUCUUCCUGUUUUCCCUGAUCAAGUACACACCCUUGAAAUACAACAAUGUCUACGUGUACCCGCCCUGGGGCUACGUGGUGGGCUGGCUGAUGGCACUCUCCUCCAUGGUCUGUGUUCCUCUCUAUGCCGUCUUCAUCCUACUGAAAACCAAGGGACCCCUGAAGCAGCGGCUAAAACAGCUAAUUUCCCCAGCGGAGGAUCUGCCCCAGCCGAAGAAGCAGCACGUGGCUGGAGUGUCCGAGCCCUGGGACGGCUCCCAGCCAGAGUACAAGGCACUGUCCCCUCCCAUCAAGGAGGUGCUCGGCGUCACAGAGAGAGAAACCCAUGUGUAAAGCACCGGGGAUGUUUCCUUCAUAUUCUGGAUUGAUUCCCUCUCUCCUUCCUGAAGCAGUUUCCUUUCUCUCCUGGGCUCUUCCCUUCUCUCCUUCACAUCAGAGGCAGAAGCAUCUGGGACUCCCUUUCUUUCUGGCUGGCUGGUGGCAUGGACUGGACCAGCAUUUCUUUCAGCACCUUGGGGAUGGAUCUCCCUGUCAACACCCUGGAAGACAGCAAAAUGAUUUUGUCAGAGGUGUCCUCCAGUGCUGACACUGGGGAAAAAGAGAAAAGCAAAAAAGCAGCGUAUUAACCAAAAAGAAAAAAAGCACGGUCAUGCUGGGUGGGAGGAAAGGAAACCACAGUGGUAAGAGAGAGCAGAGUACAAAGGUGUGCCAGAGCAAAGUCAGGGAUGCAGUGGCACAAAACGAUGGGGCGUUAGCACAGGAAAUAAGUGAGUUGGUUCAGAAGUACAUAAGAAGCUGGAGGAUGACAAAGGAAAGUGCAUUGCUGGGUCACCUACAUACAAGGGAGAGGGAGCCAGCAACAUAUCAUAGGCAAUGAUAAAAGGAGACUGCAGCAUUAGUAGUUACGGCUUUGGUUGUCACUAAAAAGGAAGAGAGUGACAGGUUGCUUAAUGUAAUCAUAGUUAUUGAUGAAGGAUCUCAAGGCAAUCUCAGAAUGGAAAGGGAUGAGGAAUAGCUAUCUAGGUGACUUGCUUUAUUCAAAUCUACAUGGUCCAGUGAAAAUGCAUCCAAGAAUGAAAUAGCUGAACCUUUGACCGUUCUUUCGGAAAAAAUCAUGGAGUGCAGGAAAAGUCCCAGACCAGUCAGUUAAAAAUGAACUGCAGCACAGGAGGGAGAAAUGAAACCCCAGGGAUCUCACACCUACAGAUUUAACUGUACUGCCGGGGCACUUCCUAGAGGAAUUAAUAAAGGAGUUGAUGGGCCUGAUUCAUACUGUAGAGUAGCUUUAGGGGAAGGGUGGGAGAAGGAUUGUUCUCCCUCGGCUUUGCUGCAGCCGACUGCUCAAGGGAUAAGGAAGACAGAUAAUCAGGCACAAUGAUCAAAAGCUCAGGAAAGAUAAAGGGAUAAUUAAUAGGUAAGAUGGGUUCAUUGGAAACAGAUUGUGUCAAAUUAAAGGUCGCUAGUUGCUAGGGUAGUCAUGAACAUGACGCAAUGGCUGGGAGGUAUUUCACUUGAAUGCGGCAUUUGGUACGAUUUUAUACAACAUUGUUCUGUGGAGACUGGGACUUUGUAUAGCACGGCUGUAAAAUGCAGUGCCAAAGCCUACUUGAGCACAUAUCGGAAUUUCACAGUCAAAAUCACAGGAAAAGCCAAUGGUAGGAUCUCCUCAGGAGCUUUAACGUGGUCUGUGGAACACAUGCCAGUGGAUGGCUAUGUUGCAAAACAGCGUAUCAAACCGUGCAGGAGAACUGCCAUUAAAAAGAAUCACAGAUGCGACGGGCUCCUCUCCCACUUCUCCUUUACCUUGUUCCUUGUUCCAAGUAAUUACUUGUCCCUGUGCUAUGUGGAGAUAAACCACCAGCGCUGUAUGUAAGUGGGAAAUUCAGGCCUCAUCUGUGCAAUGCAGUACCUUUUCCAACUGCUAUGGGAACCUUAUCUUUUGCAAUUUUCUGUGUGUUUAACUGGUGAAUUAGCACAGGGCAAUUUUUCCCCUUUUAAUUUCCCUUCCUUAAAAAUUAAAAUUAAAAAUUGCUGGUGAAAUGAACACUAAAAUACAAGUAUCAAAAUUCAUAGCUCUCUGGGAUGUUGUAAUUUGAUUGGACAAGAUUUACAAUAAAGGUAGAGAGACCUGGCAAACCUCAUUCUUGGUUCCCUGCAAAGGACUGCAGCAUCACAUAAGACACUCUUCAUUAUAUUUUUUAAAAAGCUAGAUGUCAUGUUCCAGCAAAAGUCAUGAGAAGAGCUUAAAAUCCAGGGGCUUGCAGUCAGGCCUUAUGGUAAAUAUUUUGGUUUUUUCCCCCCUCCCUUCUAGUGGCUUUGGCUCAUUGGGUAUUUGGUGUGAUGCUGACCACAAUUUGGUGGGCUGAGCAGUUCCCCACGGAGGGGCUCCUCACACAGCUGGAACAAAAGCCAGCAGCUACCACAGCCGGGGCCAGGGAAGGUUUUGGUUUUGAGAAAGAAAAUCUCUUCUAUUUUUCAAGCAACAGAAAGAGAAGUUAAGGAGCGGGAUUUGGACUUGGUGUCCAGAGUCAGUUUUAGGCAUUUACAUGGGUUUCUUGUAUGACCCUUGGUAGAACAUUUAACCCCUUUGAUCCUGUUACCAUGCCUUUAAGAUGUACGGUAGUGCCAUACUCCCAGGGUGGUUGGAGAGAUGUGUGCAGUCCUUUUUCUGAGGUAAUCUCAUAACACUGUGAAAAUCCUAGCUAAAAGUAAACUACUUCACACUUUCUGGUGCAAAUGUGAGGCUGUGUUAUUGAAAAUAACUACUAUAUGAACUGAUUCCUCUGCUGCUUACAUAUAACCUGAUAGCGGUGCCUUACUGCUGCUAGAAAGUAGCUUAUUUGAAUGAAGUCAGAAAGGGCACUGCUGUCCCCGUUGAAAACAAUUACAAAAUUCCCAGAAUCAGGAAAUUCAUCCAGUCACUUUGAAUGGGAUUGGCAGAAUCAUGGGAAGUUUAACAAGAAGCUCAGUGGUCCAAGUACACCCAGUUUGGAGAGCAGGGAAAAAAAUCAGUAAUGGCCACUUUUUUUUUCUACAAAAAACCCAGCUUGUAGUCAUAGUUACAGACCAAAUAACAGUUUACUAAACUUUCACAGACAUCUCUGUGGGCAUUGCUGGAGACCUCUGAAUCUGUCUGAAAGGAAAGUACUCCCUUUCUACACACCGUCAUCUUGCAAAUACACUGUUAGAAGGGAUGGUAUUGAAAGAAGACAGAGAGAAUUUUUCUCUCUAAUUAUUGAUACGAGGCCAAGAAGUAAUGCAUUUAAAGCUGAA